CCUCGAGCGCGGUCCUUGCAGCAGGCGCCUCCCGAGUGGGAAGUGGAGACUGGGUACCUGCUGGAGAGGGGACUCCGGAGAGGUCGUUUUGAGUGAGUUCCUUGUGCAGCCCUAAGCGCGCACCAUGGAGGCCAAGGACCAGAAGAAGCACCGGAAGAAGCACAGUGGGCCCAAGGCCGAGAAGAAGAAGAAGCGACAUCUGCAGGAGCUGCAGCUGGGAGACGAAGAGGAUGCCCGCAGGAGGAACCCCAAGGCUUUUGCUGUGCAGUCGGCGGUGCGGAUGGCACGCUCCUUCCACAGGACUCAGGAUUUGAAGACAAAAAAGCAUCACAUUCCAGUGGUUGAUCGAACUCCCCUGGAGCCCCCACCCAUAGUAGUGGUGGUGAUGGGGCCCCCGAAAGUUGGGAAGAGCACCUUGAUCCAGUGCCUCAUUCGGAACUUCACCAGGCAGAAGCUGACAGAGAUCAGAGGCCCUGUGACCAUCGUAUCAGGUAAAAAGCGCAGACUCACCAUCAUCGAAUGUGGGUGUGACAUUAACAUGAUGAUUGACCUGGCUAAAGUAGCAGAUCUGGUGCUGAUGCUUAUAGAUGCCAGCUUUGGAUUUGAAAUGGAGACAUUUGAGUUUCUCAACAUCUGUCAAGUUCAUGGAUUUCCCAAAAUUAUGGGAGUUCUCACCCACCUAGACUCCUUCAAGCACAACAAGCAGCUGAAGAAGACAAAGAAGCGGUUAAAACACAGGUUCUGGACAGAGGUCUACCCGGGUGCAAAGCUAUUCUACCUUUCUGGAAUGGUACAUGGAGAAUAUCAGAACCAAGAAAUUCACAAUCUGGGCCGUUUUAUUACAGUGAUGAAGUUCAGGCCUCUCACGUGGCAAACCUCCCACCCUUACAUCCUGGCAGACAGGAUGGAAGAUUUGACAAACCCCGAGGAUAUACGAACAAACGUCAAGUGUGACCGCAAGGUGUCUCUUUAUGGUUACUUGAGAGGAGCACAUUUGAAAAAUAAAAGCCAAGUCCACAUACCAGGUGUAGGAGAUUUUGCUGUGAGCGAUGUCAGCUUCCUCCCAGACCCCUGUGCUCUUCCUGAACAGCAGAAGAAGCGCUGUUUAAACGAGAAGGAGAAGCUGGUGUACGCCCCUCUCUCGGGAGUCGGCGGGGUGCUGUACGACAAGGAUGCCGUGUAUGUUGACCUGGGCGGCAGCCACGGUUUCCAGGCACCGGAGGAGGCAGGACCCACCCAGGAACUUGUCCAGAGUCUCAUCUCUACCCACUCCACUAUUGAUGCCAAGAUGGCUUCAAGCAGAGUGACUCUGUUUUCUGAUUCCAAACCUCUGGGGUCAGAGGACAUAGACAACCAAGGACUCUGGAUGCCCAAAGAGGAAAAGCAAAUGGAUUUGAAAACUGGCCGAGUGCGCCGGAGGGCGAUAUUUGAAGAUGAAGAAGAUGAAUCUGGAGAUAGUGACGAUGAAGACGAUGAUGAAAUCUCUGAAGACAACGGGUUGGGAAAUGGCUCGAGUGAUGAGGAAAUGGAAGAGGAGGGAGAUGCCGACAUGACCGAGGAGUAUGUGAGUGUCAGGGGUGUCAAACGGCAGAAGCUGGCGCUGGAAGCAGACAGCGAGGAGGAAGAUUUGCCAGCUUUCGCCGAUAGCGACGAUGACCUGGAGAGGAGCUCCGGGGACGAAGGAGAAGCCGAGGAAGCCGAUGAAAGCAGCGCUGAAGAGGACCCCACGGCAGAGGGAAAGCGGUCCACUCAAGGGCUGAAGGCCGUCGGAGAACGCCAGGUAGGACAGGCUGCGGCUCAUCAGAGCAGCGACCGUUCGAACCUGAAGGCUUGGCCAGUGAGGAAGGCAGCGCUCGCCUCUGACUCAGGUCACUGCACAGCUGAGGAGGCGUGUGGAUCUGAAGAUGAAUCUGAGCAAGGCUCCUCACUCAGUUCGGAGGAAGGUGACUCAGAAAGUGAGGAGGGCCUUAGGGAGAAACUUGCAGAACCUUCUCAAGCAGGCCGGGGUCAGAAACCAGCCCCAGAGACCUUCACUGAAGAGACCAGCGACAUAGAGGACUUACUAAAGGAGGAGGAAGAUUACGUAGAAGAAAGCAACUAUUCCACAGAAACUUCAGGAGCCCUCAAGUGGAAGGAAGACCUUUCCAGAAAGGCAGCGGAGGCCUUCUUGAGGCAGCAACAAACAGCCCCAAACCUUCGGAAGCUUAUUUAUGGGACAGUGACAGAGGACAAUGAAGAGGAAGAUGCUGAUACCCGAGAAGAGCUUGGUGGGUUGUUCCGUGUCAGCCAGCCUGACAGAGGGUGUAAGCACAAGGCUGAUUCUUUGGACUGCUCCCGAUUUCCCGUGGAGGCACCCCAUGAUUGGGAUUUAGAAGAGGUUAUGAACAGUAUCAGAGAUUGCUUUGUGACUGGCAAGUGGGAGGAGGACAAAGACGCAGCCAAGCUAUUGGCAGAAGAUGAAGAGCUCUAUGGCGACUUUGAAGACCUGGAAACGGGAGAUGUGCACAAAGGAGAACCAGACCCAGAUACUCAGAUUGAAGAUGCAGCAGAAGAAAAGGAAGAAACUGACCCCAGUGAAGAGGAAAAUGCCAAGAAAAAGCAUUUGGAUAAGAAGAGAAAAUUGAAGGAGAUGUUUGAUGCCGAGUAUGAUGAAGGAGAAAGCACGUAUUUUGAUGAUCUUAAGGGAGAGAUGCAAAAGCAAGCUCAGCUUAACCGGGCGGAAUUUGAAGAUCAAGAUGACGAAGCCAGAGUCCAGUAUGAAGGUUUUCGCCCCGGGAUGUAUGUCCGUAUUGAACUUGAAAACGUUCCCUGUGAAUUUGUGCUCAACUUUGACCCUCAUUACCCAAUGAUCCUGGGUGGUUUGGGCAACAGCGAGGGCAACGUCGGGUACGUGCAGAUGCGCCUCAAGAAACACCGUUGGUACAAGAAGAUCCUCAAAUCCCGAGAUCCGAUCAUCUUCUCUGUGGGGUGGAGGAGAUUUCAGACCAUCCCUCUCUAUUAUAUCGAAGACCACAACGGGAGACAGAGGCUUCUGAAGUACACCCCACAGCACAUGCACUGCGGAGCAACCUUUUGGGGUCCUAUCACUCCACAGGGAACAGGGUUCUUGGCAAUACAGUCCGUCAGUGGCGUCAUGCCUGAUUUUCGAAUUGCUGCAACAGGUGUUGUCCUAGACCUGGAUAAAUCCAUAAAAAUUGUGAAGAAAUUGAAGCUAACUGGUUUCCCAUAUAAAAUUUUCAAAAAUACUUCGUUUAUUAAGGGAAUGUUUAAUUCUGCUUUGGAAGUUGCUAAGUUUGAAGGUGCUGUGAUUCGAACUGUCAGUGGGAUAAGGGGGCAGAUCAAGAAAGCGCUGCGAGCCCCCGAGGGAGCUUUCCGAGCCAGCUUUGAGGAUAAGUUGCUGAUGAGCGAUAUUGUCUUCAUGCGCACUUGGUAUCCUGUCUCCAUCCCAGCCUUCUAUAACCCUGUAACAUCUUUGUUAAAACCACUGGGGGAGAAAGACACAUGGUCAGGAAUGCGGACCACAGGCCAGCUGAGGCUGGCACAUGGCAUCAAGCUGAAGCCAAGCAAAGACUCGCUGUAUAAGCCAAUUCUGAGGCAAAGGAAACAUUUCAAUUCACUGCAUAUUCCCAAAGCCUUGCAGAAGGCCCUGCCGUUUAAGAACAAGCCCAAGACGCAGGCAAAGGCAGGCAAGGUGCCGAAGGACAGAGUGAGACCAGCUGUCAUCAGGGAGCCUCAUGAGAGGAAGGUCCUCGCUCUGCUGGAUGCGCUGAGCACGGUGCACAGUCAGAAGAUGAGGAAGGCCAAGGAGCUGCGGCACCAGCACAACAAAGAGCACGUCCGAGCAAAGCAGAAGGAGGAGGAGGAGAAGCUGAAACGACAGAAGGACCUCAGGAAGAAGCUGUUCCGGAUGCAGGGCCAGAAGGAAAAGAAAAACCAGAAGUCCAGCCUCAAGGGCACUGGGAGCAGCUGAGUCAGGAACGCAGAGGGACAGUGUCGAGGACCUUAGCGCUUGUGAGUACCAAGUCGGCGACAGGAGCUGCCGAGAGGCCCCUGUUGGGCGGACGACCAGGCUGUGCCUCUGAGAGCAGGAAUGAAGACUGCUGGUGGGACACAGGCCCAGCCUCGGCUUCCAGGGUCAUUUAUGUUCUGGGGGUUCUCUCGUUUUCCUCUAGCUGUCUCAGUUUCAUUAAUUAUUUUGUGCUACUAAAAUAUCAUUAAAAUAUUUUUCUGUUCA